AUGAGCUAUGCGCUAGGUAAGUGGCCGUCACCGCGCGGCGCCGGGGGGGGGGACCCGCGACCCGGGGGCACACGUGUGACCAGAUCCACAGGGGAGUUGCGACAGGCUUAUAGAGGAACGGCGCAGCCACCCGAUCGACCGGACUGUGACUCAGCCCGUAUGGUAAUAGAGAGCGGCGGGGGUAGCAAGGUGACCUCGAGCUGUGGGGCACAACUCCGAAGUGUCCAGUGGUAUCGCGGGGAACCCGGGGGAGUGCGCCCAGGGGGCCAUACAGGCUUGGUGGCCGCGUUGGCCAAGUUCACCCCGAGUCGUGGCGGGGUAGGGUUUACCGUCCGGGUGCUCCGAACAGACGGGCGGGGGGGGGGGGAACGAGGAAAAGUAAAUGUAAAAGGAGUGAACAGAAGUGGUCGCGGUUCGACGGGUGGGGGGAAUAGGAGCAAGAGGACGGUGAAAGGGGCAGAGACGGGGGGCGGAGCCGGCCCAGGAGAGCGGGGUGCGCGUCGGGAGGCCGAGAGACUGAGCGCAAGCGGGUGGUGGGGGGGAUUCAAGGGGCGGGCCGCCGCGGGGGGGUCGCGGGGGGGUGGGGGGGGGUCUGACCCCAGCCCAGCUCGUGGCUGUCCAGCAGUCCGGCGGCGGUGGGGCGUCACUCCCGGGAUCGGCGUCCGGGCUGGGGGUGGGUGGGGGUGCCCGUGUGGGCAGAUCCCGCGGACCGGGAGUCCGAACCCCCAGGACCUUCUUAGACUUUAG